AUGGUCAUGUGGUGUGGAAGAAAAAGGAGGCACAGACAUCGGAAUGCCACAGGCUGUCUCACUGCUGCCCUUCCUUCUAGUGCUGAUGGGAUAUGCAAUGGCAGUGUAUUUGUGGACUUCAGUACUAAAUCCAACAGCAGCACCAUCAGCAACACGACCCUCUCUCUAGUCAACAUGGAAACCAAUCUCACCGUCUUGACCAGGACUCUGCCCACCAACCAACGGGCCGGUAGGGAGGAGUUUGAUUGUUCCUGCUUCCUGUACGCAGGAGCUUUCCGGUUCCUGCUGAGGCAGACCAGUAUCACCACAGUUGGGAUAUCCACCAAUGAACAUUUUCAGUCGUGCACCAUCGGCAUGGACUCCGCUCUCUUUUUAGAAGUCAGCUACGUGGAGUACAACCAGAUAGGACGAAACAGCAUUGACAAGAUUCGAGCUCGCACACGGCUGCCAAUUGAGCCCCUCCGUUCCCAGAGCAUUGAGCUGUCCUGUGCCUUCCCUUUCACAGAAAGGGACUUCAUCACAGUUGCCCUGCAGUCUCCUCAUACCGUGCAGGAGGUGAAGAGCUCUGGACCUCUGUACCUGUCCCGUAUCUUUUCCUAUAAACUGCUGGUGGAAAAUGCCAGUGCAUACAAGAGCGGCUGUGAGGGAACGAUGGUUGUCAAAAUGAUAACCCCGCCAUGUGCGCACAUCAGUGGGAAAGUACUGCUUUACCGUGACGCAGGUGUCGGAAGAGGUGUGGCUCUCUCCUCUGCAGUGAUGAGGUUUGGAACAGAGGAGCCCUCUUCUCCUCCUCUGGCAUUCAACUGGCUGACCCAGGGAGAAAAUGAGACAGAAUUCAACUGCUCCAUCUUUUACCCAGGAAGGAACAAGUAUUGCUUUCGCUUUGUUUUCAACUUCAGUCGAUCCCCUAGUCCAGCGCAGACUUGUCUGGUGGUUUACAAGAGCGCAGAAUCAUGGGGACCCUGGCAGCCAUGGAGUAUUUGCAGCGUGAGCUGUGGAGAGGGAGUUAGGGAACGGGCGCGUGAGUGUUUACUGCCCUCCGGUGUGCGAGGGUUGCAGUGCACCGGCAUGGUUAAGGAACAGUCCAUAUGUUCCCUGGAGAACUGUGUUGUUUUACCCUCUCCUUCUCCAUCGCCUCCAACUUUGCCCGCGGGAGCUGCACCCCUGGGUGGAAACAUGAUCGUCGUGGUUGGUAUUUCCCUCUGCUUGGCUGUGAUUAUGGCUACUGUUGUGGUGACUGUGUGGAGGAAGCUUUGCCAGACCCCUCAGUGCAGCUCGGUCCACAGAAGCUCCAUGCACUCGCCCGGGGGGCGUAAACUAUCAGACGAGGCUUCCAUCUGUGGCCAUAGCCUCCAAAGGCCCAGCCUGUCUGAUGGUCAUGGUCCAUCCAUGGGAACGGGUAACCAGAAAGAUAGGCCUUCAUUAGGGAGUCAGCCUCUCCCACAGACAGUGGUGUUACCGCUCUCACAGGAUCCAGAAAGACUUUCUCCCACAGGCCAGAAGGUGCUGCCAUCGAUAUUUGGGUACCGGCUGGCACAGCAGCAGUUGAAAGAGAUGAAGAAGAAAGGGUUAAAAGAUGCCACACAGCUGUACCAUGUCUCCUCAAGCCCUGUGCAUGACACAGUGGUAGAAACAUCCGCCUCACCCACCAUCUCCCCCAUUCCUACACCGACUGAACUGGCUCAUUCUGCUCACCCGUUGGGCCUGCCGGACGAGGGUAACACCAACAGUUUUUGCAUCGCAACUCCACUGUCACAGCUGCAAACUCUGACCUCCAGGGUUACUCCAGACAGGCUGAGUCCAAGAAUGGAACUGGUCUUAGGUCCUCCUGUCUCUGCUCAUCCAAGCGGGGCGAGCUCAAAAUGGCACGACCGCACUGCCGACUGGGUGGAGAUGGUUGAGAGGAGCGGGAUAGCUGGACGCAGAGUAGGAGGACAAGCAGCAACAGGAUCAUAUCAUAAGAAUCCAAACUUCCGACGGACCUCCAGUUUUAAUGACACCCGACUCCAGCCAAUCGCUUUGACUCAGUCCAGACAGUUCAGAGAAAGGAGCAUGACCCAGGUGGGAUCUCGAACGUUGCCGGAAGGAAGUUGUUGGUCCAAAAGAGGGUGGGAGAGACAGCUACACGGCUCUGUCUCCAUUCCAGAGCAUGGAGUCUUGGAGUGGUCGAAAGCUAGAUCCCAGAGAAAUGACCAGAAGAAGUCGUGGAUUGAGCCAACAGUUUCUCCUCACAAUAAUGAACUCAAACAUACAGGAACAAACACCAGUGUUUUCUCAGCAUCCGGGAAACACGUCAAAGGAGAUCUCAGUGGCCCCGUGGAAAGGAAAAAGACUGGUGAGCCAGGAAGUGGAGGACCUUCAAUCUCAGGUAUUGGGGGUCCAGCAACAUUGCCCACCAGGGGUCAUGGUGUCAAUCAGCUGAGUGUGGAUCGAGCUGAACAGAACUGGAGCCGUCGGGGGCCAUCGCCAAUCCAGAGGAACAUGCUGGCCCGUAAACUGAAAGAAGCUCAGUCCUGCUCUGGUGGCAGGGGGCGACAGCGCAGUGCCAGCUUCAACGUUUCCUCGUCAGAGCACAACAAAGGCAGCUGCCGCUCCCUGCCGAGGUCUGAAUACUACAACAGCAGCAGCGGCUCUCCGUACAGGCUCAGUGAGGCCGAGCAGAGGAUGCUGGACUUAGAUCUGUCCCCGGUUUAUGUUCAGGAGGAGGAGUAA